GCAACAGUACAGCCAAUGGCGCACAGACCAGAAUACGGCAGUAAGAAGAAGAUGGCGCAGGGUGGUGAUGAUGCAGAGCUACUCAAGGAGAAGGCGAAUAAGUACUUUAAAGAUAAAGACUAUGACAAUGCUAUCAAGUACUACACAGAUGCCCUGGAGCUCAAUCCAUCCAAUGCCAUCUACUACAGCAACCGAAGCCUGGCAUACCUGCGCACAGAGUGCUAUGGCUAUGCCCUGGCAGAUGCUACGAAAGCCUUGGAGAUAGACAAAAACUACAUCAAAGGAUAUUACCGCCGUGCCACGUCCAACAUGGCACUGGGCAAGUUCAAGGCUGCACUUAAGGACUAUGACACGGUAGUAAGGGUUCGACCAAAUGACAAGGAUGCAAGGAUGAAAUAUCAGGAAUGUAACAAGAUCGUGAAACAGAAGGCGUUUGAGAGAGCCAUCGCCAGCGAUGAGUUAAAAAAGUCUGUCGUUGAUUCUCUGGACAUUGAAAACAUGACUAUUGAGGAUGACUACGUAGGCCCCAAACUUGAAGAUGGAAAAGUCACAUUGAAGUUCAUGAAGGAGAUGAUGGAAUGGUUCCAAGACCAGAAGAAACUGCACAGGAAGUGUGCUUAUCAGAUUUUGGUACAAGUUAAAGAUGUUCUGUCAAAGCUACCAAGUCUUGUUGAGAUCACAUUAAAGGAGACAGAAAAAAUAACCGUUUGUGGUGACACCCAUGGGCAGUACUUCGACCUCCUCAACAUCUUCAAGUUAAACGGCUUACCCUCAGAGAACAACCCCUACCUGUUCAAUGGAGACUUUGUGGAUCGCGGCUCUUUCUCUGUUGAGGUCAUUUUCACCCUCUUUGGUUUCAAGUUGCUCUUCCCCGACAACUUCCACUUGCUUAGAGGUAAUCAUGAGACAGACAAUAUGAACCAAAUGUAUGGAUUUGAAGGGGAGGUCAAGGCCAAGUACACAGCCCAGAUGUUCCAGCUGUUCAGUGAGGUCUUCCAGUGGCUGCCUCUGGCCCAGUGUAUCAACAACAAAGUACUGGUUAUGCACGGUGGGCUGUUCAGUGAAGAUGGCGUCACAUUGGAUGACCUCAGGAAGAUUGAAAGGAACAGACAGCCUCCUGACUCAGGUCCAAUGUGUGACCUUCUCUGGUCAGAUCCACAGCCUCAGAAUGGCCGGUCGGUCAGCAAACGUGGUGUGAGUUGUCAGUUUGGGCCAGAUGUGACCGAGCGCUUCCUCGAACAGAACAAGCUUGACUUCAUUGUGCGGAGUCAUGAGGUCAAAGCUGAUGGCUAUGAGGUUACUCACUCAGGGAAGUGCAUCACGGUUUUCUCAGCUCCAAACUACUGUGACCAGAUGGGAAACAAAGGAGCGUAUAUCCACCUCAGGGGAUCAGACCUCAAGCCAGAAUUCCACCAGUUCACUGCUGUGCCUCAUCCGAAUGUCAAACCCAUGGCGUACGCCAACACGCUAAUGCAGUUGGGGAUGAUGUAGAGUCUGUGACACUGAGUAUCUCCCGUCUGACCUGAACCAUCCCAGCCACAUCACUCCCUCCAGUGCUCAGACAUGCUUUUAUUCAUGCUUGACCUAAGGGAUCCCUCUCCCUGACAGACUUCCGCUAGUUGUACGCAGAAAACAUUCAGUGCAGUUGAGAUGGGAAGAGAGCACUUGUACCAGCCCAAGCCCAGUCCAGAACUGGACACGUCCCGUCAUGUUAUUGGUUACAACUGGAAAACCCCAUUGUCCAUUUGUCUGCUCAUGUGUUUGAUCACCGAGUCAAGAAACUGACCCAAAUAAUUUGUGACGUGUCCCCUCUGAGCUGCGUGGCUUUUAAUUAUGUGACAUUACUCAGCAGAUGGGAUUGUGUAGAUGGUAUGAACCAAAGAUCUGCGAUUAAAAUGAUUGUUCAGUUUUUACAAGGACCAUCUUGUGACUCUGAAACCUAGCAUUGUACUGUCUGCCCGUGUACACAGCUGUGAGAAUUGUAAGCUGGGUUUGGAGCAGCAUUUUGAUCAGUGUUUCUCAAACCAUCCUACAGUAUGUUGGUCAUUUUGUUUUACUGUCAAACCUUUCCCAAAUUGCAAAUCAUGACAUUAAUGAUCCCAGUCCAGAAAAAGACACGAGUACUCACUCAUGUCUUUGUGUACAAUCUUAAAGGUGCUGUUUGCCAUUAGUGGUGUAUUAAGCUGGUUCAGUCAUGUAGCUGGUUAACACUUGUUUUUGCACUGCUGCAUAGCUUCCUGCCGAGGAAGAUACUGCUGCUCUCCAUGUUAUUCACCCCCGACUGUCAUUGUGCCACUCACCGGGCAGCUCUCGCAGUCUCCUCUCCAAAGUAGCUUUGGUGUAAGGUAAACACAAAUGACACCUGAUCACCGGUGACUUAUGACCCUCCACUCACCCGGCCCUCCGUAAUGUGGAUGUCUCCAGUACACAAAUGUCCACAAUGGAAAUCCUGUCUUGAAACGCACAGCUACAUUGUCCUAUGGCCCUCAAAUUUUUAGAAAGAAAUACACUGAUGUGUAUGUAUAUAUACUGUAUCAUUUAAAGAUUCUGUGUAAUGUUUGGAGAAAAUUAUUGAAUAAAAAAAAUCAAGUCCUGUGAUUUUA